AUUGCUGACGGUUUCUUAAUAUUCUCCUUUAAAUUGAAACAACAUUUAAAUAAUAACGUUCGUGGAUGAAAUAGUGAUUUGUGUUACUAGUCAUGGUGUGUUGUGGAUGUUCACUGCACGGUACAGCUGUCAUCGCUUCGAUAUUCACAAUACUUGAAAGCAUAUUUGGAGUAUCCUGGAGCGGCCAUGUUUUAGUAGUAUUAUACACAGAGGAGAUGAAAACAGCACCUGAUGACAUUAGGGAACGUAUUAGUUCUUCUUUACAAAAUAGAACAGAUAAUGAAAAACAAGUGGACAAUGGCAUUAUUAUCGCAUCUUUUACUCUUUAUAGCUUGUGGCUUCUGAGUGCUAUACUAUUGCUUCUUGGCAGUUACACGAAAUCCAAGGCUUUAUUGCUUAUGUGGAUACUUAUGACCAUUCUCAUCAACCUUAGCAGUUGUGCAGGUAUUGGAUACUAUGGAUUCAGGCUGCAGACCAAUAUCCUCUCAGAAGUAAGACAGGGGGCACAACUAAGUAUGGAAAUGAUAAAUAAAAAUUUUGCCAUUUUCUACUAUCUAGUCUGUUUUACAAUUGGUGCCAUCAACUUCCCCUUUAAUAUCUGUUUCGCUGUAUUGGUGGGUAAACACAUAACAGAAAUAAAGAAAAACAAGGUCCAAGAAAUCAAACAAACGCACCAUCUACCAACACCUCCAUCACUUCACCAAAACCGAAUUCAGUACGAUGAUGAUAGGCAACAUUCAUAUUUCGACCUACCAGAUUAUGGUAGUCACCCAAAAAGUGACCAUUGUAGUCCCAGAAGACUUGGUGGUCAUAAAAGAGAGACGAGACCUUUUAACUAUCAGUACAGAAGAAAGGACACCCAAAUGGUUUCUUUUCAACGAGAUGAGCACUCUGGUCCAGAGCAGGCCUACGAUCCACGUCACCACUAUCAAAAGCCAUACCAAAAUCCAGAAUACAAUUUCAGUUGCCGCUACCAAAAACCUAAUCCCGAUCUUCAUUGCAGUUCCCGUCCUUUCUGUGAUAGCUCAAAUCUACACGUAGAAUACGAAUCCCGUUCCCAAUACGGAAGGCCUAAUCUUGAACCAGACUAUGAUCCUAGAGGAUGGAAUAAUCAAGGUUUCAUUGCAGACAGUGAAAAUGAUCAGCAAAAUGCGCCACGUGGAAACCCAUGGAUAAGACAUUAGCACCAUCUGAUGUUAUAAAAGUAAUUGCUCGUCUACCAGGAUAUGGUUAUCUUUAUUAUUUUCUUGACAUAAUGAGUUAAAGCAGCUUAAGCUCAGAUUUUAAAAUUUAAUUCAAGUAUAUUUACAGAGUCCAGAAACAUCUCAAAUGAUCAUUUGUCUUCUUUAUUUUAAAUAGAAAAUGUCAAACAAGUAACUGUAGAAAGCACGA